GUAAAUUUUAAUUUUUUUUAUAAUUUCAUCCCCUGAAACCCGCGAGAAUGUCAAACAGCAAAGCCACAAUUUGAACAGUUACAUAGUAAGAAACCGAGAUCGUGGAUUAGGGAGGAAACUAUAUAACUUAAACUGUACCAAACACGUAUUAUUUUAUAAAUUCCCACGAUGGCUCCUGGUGCUAAGAGAAAGCUGUCACUGCCAUCCUCUCUGCUUCACGAGCUCGACAUCCAGCAAGGGGGCUCAGGGCGUAACAAACGCCAGCGUUCAAGGAAAGAUCAAAGGAAAGAGGCCCGCAUUCAGAAGAGAUAUGCUAGGAGUUCACAGUCUCGGCAAACCACACAACCCGCGCGCCAGUCACCUGCAUCCCGCCAUCAGAAAGCUUCGCCCAAGAGCGAGGACAACGGAUUACCGUUCAGUAGCGACGAUGAGCUCGAUGAAGACGAUUUUGACAUUGAUGACGAAUAUUUAGAGGAAAAUGGUAUCAAUGGCGGAGAAGACGAGGAUGAGAGCGAGAGCGAGGUUGAAGACGAGGAUGACGAUGAGGGGAGUGGAACAAAACAACUUAACAAGCCUAAGCUAUCCAAAUCAGAUAUGGCGAAAAUUACGGAGGACGAAAAGGAAAUCGCAAAACUUGAAAAGAAGCUUGGGAUCAAGGGCAAAAAAAAAUUGCCAAAGUCGUUUGACGAAGACGGUCUUGGCGGUCUAUUGGAAGGCCUAGACGGAAUCGAUAGUGAUGAUGAGACUGGGCCCUUGUCGAAGACCAAGCGCAAAGCUGAAGCUGAAGAAUGGCUGGCUCAAAAGCGGCGAAAGGCCGAGGCAGCAGCGGCAGCUUCGUCGGCUGUCACCACUGUCAUUGCGGAGGAUGACGAGGACACUGAGGGGAGCAUAGGCGAAGAUGGAUUCGAGGAGGACGAUGAUGAGGACGAUGUAUCUCUCAUGGGCAGCGAUAGUAACGGUGAAGACGACGAAGACAGUCAAGAUGACAAAGAUAAAUUUGAUGGGUUCGAAAGCUUACAAGAAGAAGAAGAGCCAGCUCCACGCCAACGGGAGAACCCGUAUAUUGCGCCGACUACUAAUGUUGCCAAAUACGUACCACCUUCACUUCGCAAACAGUCUGGAUCAGCCGAUCAAUCCGAAGCUCAGCUCAAGAGGCGCAUCCAGGGAUUGAUCAACCGGCUUACAAACGAUAACAUGACAGGCAUCCUCAAGGACGUCACGGACUUGUACCAGACAAACCCUAGGCAGAUCGUGACCUCUACCCUUAUCGACCUGAUUAUGGCACUUGUCUGCUCUCCCGAGAAGCGACCAGACUCCUUUUUUACGAUGAUUGCUGGGUUCAUUGCUGCAGUGCACAAGACCAUGGGAAUGGCUGUGAGCGCCCAGUUCGUACAGCAGCUCGUUGAGACGCUGGAGGAGCGUUCCGCUGCAGCAUCGGGGGAUCAGUCUGAUGCUGGAUCGAAGCAUUUGGUUUCAUUGAUCGCCGAGCUUUACAAUAUGCAAGUCAUCAGCUGUAACCUCAUCUUCGACUACGUUCGAUUGUUCCUAGAAAAACCAUCGGAGCUCAAUACAGAGCUCUUGCUCAGGAUUAUCCAGCUCUGCGGGCCUUCUCUGAGGCGCGAUGACCCACGCGCGCUACGCGACAUCGUUAAUCGCCUACAGUUUAAUAACACGAAGGAUAUGUCAGUCAGAACGAAGUUUAUGAUUGACGAGAUGAAGAAGUUGCAAAGCAACAAGGCCAAGGCCGUCGCGAGGAAUAAAGACCUUGCGGAACAGCGCACUCUACUAAGGAAGAAAAUAGGUACACUUAAGGGUAGCCAUGACGUGCAACCGCUUCGCGUCGGUCUAAAGGAUAUACAGGACUCGGAGACACAAGGUAAAUGGUGGCUCGUGGGUGCUAGCUGGCUGGGAAACCAGCGUGGACAGGGAAAGGAUAAGAGCCUGCAUGAUGACAGCGAGGACGAUGAUGAUGGCCUCGAUAAUGAGACUAUCAUGCAGGCAGGCGACGACUUAGGUAUACCUGACCUUUGGCAACUAGCACGAGAGCAGGGUUUCAACACAGAAGUUAGGCAACGCAUCUUUGUGGCUCUACACGCGGCUACGGACUGUGACGGCGCCGACCUCCUUGUGCAGAAACUACGACUCAACAAGCACCAGCGAAAAGAAAUUGCCGAGGUUAUCGUCCGCAGCGGUGAGCGACAGAACGUAUACAACCACUAUUAUGCCCUUUUGGCUGAUAGAUUCAGCGAUGAUAAAGAGAUGCGUUUCCAGUUUCGCCGGUGUCUGACCAUUCGCUAUAAGAAGAUGGGCGAAGACGUCGAUACCGGGGAUGGUGAUACCGGAGAUGACGAGCUAGAUGGCGAGUCUGACGAGGGCGUGAGAUGGUUAUUCAAUACAGCCAAGUUAUUUGCCUACUUGGUUACAUGGCGAACGCUUAAACUCGCUGAUGUCUUCAAAUAUCGGAAUCUUGCGGCCCUUCAAGAGAAGACGCACAUCUUCACCGAGGUGUUGCUGCUUACCGUGCUGCAAGAGGCCAGGGCAAAAGAUAUCAAAGAGAUAUUUGGAGGUCUGGCCACGGAUUUGGACGUUGGACGUGGCGUGCAGUACUUCCUAAGGCGGCAUGUCCGUGCAACCCAGCUUGUUGAGAAUGAUAGGAAGGCCGUGAAACUUGCGAGGAAGCGUUGUGAUGAGGUACUUGAGUUGUUGGAUUCCUUGCUAGUCCAGGAAGACCUUGAGCAGCGUUAAGCGACGCUGGGAGACGAUGGCCCUUGGUAAGAAAAGAUAUUUGAUUAUUGUAUAUAACGACGCUCGUGUUCGAAGACUAGGUCUCAUCCACCCUCAAUAUCAAUAAUGACGACAAUUAGAGAAGACGCCUUGAACAUAGCGGAAAAAACAUUACCAUGUCAUCAUAUUCUAUGUGAAAGUCGACGUCAACUGUUUCCGAUCUCUUGA